GACUGUCUGUAUAUUUUUCGUGUUCAUGAGUCUCAUAGAGUUCGCGGUCGCCAUAUCCUGGGCCUGGAUGGCCAACGAUAGGAAGGCUUUGCGCACCACUCAGACUCGAGUUGGAGAGAAAGUAAAGGUGACAAUAUAUUAUGAAACCCUGAAUGCAGUCAAUCGAAAGUUCUUCGUGGAAGAAGUUCGACCCGCAAUCGACUACUUAUGGGAGAUAAUUGACUUGGAUUUUGUUCCCUAUGGGAACACUGGAAAAGAUCCUGAAAAUGAAAACAAUUACAUUUGUCCAUUUGGUGAUAAACAGUGUUUGGCCAAUAAAGUUCAGGCCUGUGCCAUUGGUAUCAUCAAUGAUGGACAGCCACCAACUGAAGAGGUGAAGAAAGGUGUGGCCCUUUUCGUUCACUGUAUGUUCAAGAAUAAAAAGAUGGAAGACAUCAGUCUUGUGGGCCCUCAUUGCGCUACUUUGGAUCUGUUUGACGAGUGGCCCUCAAUCGCCGAGUGUGUGGCCGGUGUGGACGGCAACAAAUUCACUGAUCAAAUGGAGGCAAAGACUACACCAAUAAAAGAUAGUCUAAAGAAUGGUCUGGCUGUUCAACUCGAUUCACAGCCCAUUACAGAGGAGGCCACACAAGACUUAGUUAAAGCCAUUUGCGAUGCAUUUACAGGCACUGAGAAACCCGAAAGAUGUAAUGUUGCCAAAGGGGCUAAAGUGCAGUUAUCUGUGUUUUACGAGACAUUAAACACAGACACCCGCAACUAUUUUGACCACCAGUUGCAACCAUUCUAUCACAUCCUCGAAGAUAUCGUAGAUAUUGAUCUGAUUCCUUAUGGGAACACCCAAUACACUGAUAACAAGUUUACGUGCGAUUCUGAUGAUUUGUGUAUUGCUAACAGAAUUCAGGCAGUGGUUGUCAACGAUUACUUGGCCACUAAAGAUGGUGAUGAAGUGGACGGUCCAAGUCGUGUCAUUAGAUUCAUUGACUGCAUGAGUACUCAUAAGAAGUGGCAAAACAUAUACACAGCAGGAGAACAGUGUUCCAACAAUUACUUACCACCAGAUGUCUGGAUACAUAUCUUAACGACCGCUACCAGUGCUGACGGCGAUCCCAUAUACUUGACGAUGAGAGAGAAGACAGACAAAGUGAACCCAACCCCAGGGUCUCCUUUGCCGAGGAUUCCAUUCGCGACCGUCAAUAAUGAGGCCGAUGUUCAGGCAGUCAAUGAUUUCGUACAACAAGUUUGUGCCAAAUAUGAUGGAUUCAAACCCAGCGUAUGUACGCGUAUUAAUGUAAACGUCUAUUACGAGGCACUCAACCAUAAGUCCCGGCGCUUUAUUAUGGAAGAACUCAAACCUGCUUUCAAUCACUUCCAAAAUCUUAUUAAUUUAGAGCUAUUGCCUGCUGGAAGAGCAACAAGAGAUGAGCAUGGUGGCUUUCAAUGCCCUGAUGGCCCUGAUCAGUGUAUUGGUAAUCAACUACAGGCCUGUAUUAUCGACUAUUUCUGGAACGACGGUUCCGAUUGGGCCGACCCUAUCAGACAGGAGGUAAUGGAAGUGAUUCACUGCAUCGCUAAGAAUAAACACGCGGUCGGAAUCUAUACGGCUGCUGAACAGUGCUCUGAACGUACCAUUCAAGUGGAUCCAUGGCCUCAGAUUAAGGACUGCAUGGAUCACGAUGUUCAGGGACAGAUGCCAACACUGAUCUCAUUAAAGUUCUUUGCGAACACUUUGACAGAUGCCAACACUGAUCUCAUUAAAGUUCUUUGCGAACACUUUGAUGAAGACCACAAACCAGACAAAUGUAUUACCGGAAAGGCACCCAAAAUUCCAAUCGAAGUUUAUUAUGAAUCCAUGAAUUCAUUGUCGAAAACCUUUUUCACAAAACAAAUGCCUAAUUAUAAGCACAUCGAGGAAUUGGUUGACAUUCAGCUCUUUCCCAAUGGCAAUGUGGAGGAUGGCACUGAUAUUGAUGGCAAAUGUGCCACAAAUCUGGCCGCAUGUGUGGCCAACAAAUUACAGGCAAUAAUAAUAAAUCAAUUGUGGCUGAGUGAUGAUAAUGGAGAUCAAAUUGAUGGCAGUAUAAGAACUACACAUUUCUUGGAGUGUGUUUUCAACCACAAAGACUGGAACAAUGCGGACGGAUAUCUAACUGCUGCGGAGGAAUGUGUGAACAAUUAUCUACCAAUGGAUGACUGGAUAACCAUUUUAAUAGAGAGCAAAGUGGAGAGCGGACACCAGACUUAUAAGACGGUGCAGGAGAAGACCAAAGCCCUGACAGACACUAUACCCGGGAAUCGUCUCUCGCCGGUGCCGUACGUUAUGGAGACCGGACGACACAGUCUGCAAACGGCCAACGAUUUGCUGCAAACUGUUUGCGACUUAUAUACCGGCGACAAACCCCUGGAGUGUGAGCCCGUAAUCGUCGAGAUAUACUACGAGACACUUAAUCCUCAAACCAGAAGAUUCUUUGUGGACGAACUGAGACUCACAUUUGAAAACAUGAGGGAAUCAUUUACUUUUGAUUUCAUUCCUUUCGGCAAAACAGUGAUGAGUGGAGAGGGAGAUAAUGUAGUCUUUGACUGUCCCGCCGGUGAAAACCAGUGUUUGGGAAAUAAAAUUCAAGCGUGUGCCAUCAGAAGGUUUUUACAUCCAGGAGACGGAGAAGUUAUUACGGAAUACGACAGAAAGAAUGAGACACUUCUGUUCAUAUACUGUAUGUUCAAGAAUGUGGACAAUGAGGUGAUCACAAAAGUGGGUGAAAAGUGUGCGGACGACAUAUUCUUGGAAGACGUUUGGUUGGAUCUGUUGACGUGUGCGGAGAGCGAAGAGGGACACCAAUUGAUGCAAGAGAUGGCCGGUCGCACCUCCAACCUUAGACAACCACUACAACACUCGCCGUGGAUUGUCAUCAAUGGCGAGAGAAGUGCCCUUGCUCAGACUCAACUCCAACAAGUGAUCUGCAGUAACACACUGGGAGAUUUGCCGGAAGUCUGCGAAGAAGUGCGUCCCUCUAAAGUGAAACUCCAAUUUCAUUACCAAACGGGCGAUCUGUCGGUAAAGAACUAUGUGUUGGACGAGUUGUACCCAUCGUAUAGAGACAUAGAGGAGAUCUUUGACUUGGAAUUGAUUGCUUUCGGAGAGACGACGUUCACAAAAGACGAUUCCGACAAAUAUGUGUUCACCUGUCCUAACGGUGACAAUGAGUGCAUCGGCAAUAAGAUUCACACGUGUGUAAUCAAAGAGUUCUGGCAUAACGACGACGACCCCAUCGGCGACAACAUAGACUAUGACGGAAAGCUACAGACAUUACUCUUCAUAAACUGCUAUUUCUCUCACGAGAGCUGGCCGUCUGACCCGAUAAAAGCGGGCGAACAGUGCGUUAAUCAAGUCUUUGUGGACGAGUGGACACAAAUCAAUGAAUGCGUCCAAUUAGACGACGCCUACUUCGCACAGCAACAGGAGAAGGUGGCGGCUCUCAUACCACCCCUUAGAUACACGCCAUGGAUUGUCAUCGAAGGCAAACACAGUCAGGCAUCUGAAGUGCACUUAAGUCGAGCCGUUUGUGACUCUUAUGAGGGUAAAUGGAAACCAUGGGCCUGUUAUGCACCCCCACCGCCCCUCCAAAAACCAAUCGUGGAGUUACAUUACGAGCCCUUAAACAAAGAUUCUCAAACUUUUAUUGUCUCUCAAUUGGAUCACUUGAAGACACACGUGGAUGAGAUAAUUCGAAUGCCAUACUUCUCUCAAUUGGAUCACUUGAAGACACACGUGGAUGAGAUAAUUCGUUUGGAUAUUAUUCCUUACGGCAGAACCAUUAAGAAUAGCGACAAUACCUUCCAGUGUCCUAAUGAUGAGGAAUGCCAUACAUUCAAACAACACGCGUGUAUUAGGACACUAUUCCUCGAGAGUAAGCCAACGGAAACAAUAGACUUUUUGUUGUGUGCAUUUGGCUCUGAUAUGUCAAAUGUGCCGCAAGUGACCGAGGAAUGCGUAAACCAGCACUUUGUGGACAGUUGGACUGAUAUAGACCUGUGUGCCAAGAGUAGGGGCGACCAACUGUUGGCUGAAUCGGCGGCUAUUGUAGCCGCAUUGAACCCGAAGCUGUCUCAUACUCCUUGGAUUCUAGUGAAUGGCAAACACGAUGUAGAGGCGGAGGACAAUCUCGUGCAAGAGAUUUGUGAAACAUUUUACCCUACUGAUAAGCCUUUGCAAUGUAUUCCCGAAUUACUGUCCGUUUCUAUUAAUUACCAAAACAUGGAGACAUCGGUUGCCGAGUUUGUGGACAAACAAAUCAAACCCUAUCGGCCAUACUUUGAGGAGUUGGCUUCUAUUGAUUUUGUUGCUUAUGGUCUCACAGAAAGAGACGGAACUGGAUUUAAAUGUCCUCAAAAUGAGGCCCAGUGUAACGCCAACAAAGUUCACGCGUGUGUUUACCACAAUUUCUGGGAAAAACUGGAUCAUUCAAAUGUUAUGGACUUAGAUGAAAGUCGUUACCGAACUCUUGGAUUCCUGAUCUGUGCCUUCGAAAAGAGUACUUCUGAUCCGGUGAACGACGCCAACCAGUGUCUCAACCAGGAAAUGGGUGGAGACUAUUGGGAUACUAUCGAGACCUGUGCUCACGGACCCGAUGGUAUCGCACUUUACGAAGAAUUGGCUAAGAAAACAGAGGCAUUGAAUCCCAAGUUGACAAAAGUACCCUGGGUCACUAUUGGUGAUAGCUAUACCAUAGAAGGGGAAACUAAUUUAGUUCACGCUAUCUGCGAGUCAUAUCCGACGGUCCGACCGGCCGUUUGCUCGUCAAUCGGCAAAGUGUUGGUUGACAUCGGUUUCUAUUACUCAAGUGAUGACACGUCUAGUAAUUGGGUGAACAACCAAUUGAAACCGUUUUACGAGGAAUCCGCUCCAACGAGAGCCAAAGCUUUGCAAUCAAUUAUAAGCACAAGUUUUAUACCGUGGGGUCAGACUGUCUAUAAUGAAGGCGACACCGAUAAGCCAUUCACGUGUCCAACUGAUACCGAAUGCUUAGCCAAUAGAAUACAUGCCUGUGCUAUCGAUCAGUACUCUAAUACCCCGAAAGGAUGGCUACAUAUCACAGAAUUUGUCAUUUGCUUCUUCAGUCAGGAGUCAUGGAAAGCGAAUCCGGGGGAAGCGGGCAAUGUCUGCGCCAACAGAGUGUGGCUCUUAGACCCCUGGCCUCAGAUUGAAAUAUGUGCCACACUUAACACACCCGACAAUAUCGAAACUUAUUUGAAAAUGCAAACAUUGACACAAACAGCACAGGCAGACAAAUUUCCCUGGGUUACAGUGGAGGACCAACACAACACCAAUGCUGAGGACAACCUCCUGACAACUGUUUGUGACAACUAUUCGUUCAACUUCAAGCACAUCUCCAAGUACGCCCCAAAGUACACCACCAAGCACUCCCCCACCAAGUACAUCACCAACCUCACAACCAACAACAGACAGUGCUCUCAUGUACAAAACAUAGCGUCGACUGCUGUAUACUACUGUCGACAGUACUGGAUAGACGUGGGCGACCCCCGCACCCGUCAUUUCCCUUUGGUGACGGGAGGGCCGGAAGUGGUGAUCGCUAUUCUGGUGUCGUAUUUAUUGUUUGUGAAGAAGAUAGGACCGGCUCUUAUGAAGAAUAGGCCGGCCUUUGUAUUGCGCGGACCUAUGCUUUUGUACAAUUCAUUUAUGGUUGUCGUCAAUAUGUACUUCUUCUAUGAAAUCGUCAGACGCUGUGAUUCCGGCCGUCGUUUCCUUAACUUCAAGUUUCCCGAAAGGAACGACUACUCGGAUAAAGUCAUACAUGAGAUCCAUGUGGGCUUCUGGUGCUAUUUGACCAGAUUUCUGGACCUCUUCGACACCAUAUUCUUUGUUUUGCGCAAAAAGUACAAUCAAAUCACUUUCCUUCACUUAUAUCAUCACACAUUAGUUCCCCUCAUCGGAUGGGUGUGUCUGAAGAUCGCACCGCAGGCGCCGGUCAUCGGCCUCUUCCUCAUCUUCAAUACACUGAUUCAUUCAAUUAUGUAUUUAUAUUACGCUUUGGCGGCCUUUGGACCGGAAGUGCGCCAAUGGUUGUGGUGGAAGCGAUACGUCACCCAGUUGCAAUUACUUCAGUUCGCCACCUGUUUCUGUUAUGGGGUUGUCAUGGCUUUCAAACAGACAGGCUUUCCUCCCGGACUAUUCUGGUUCGGCUUCGCACAAAACCCCAUCUUCUUCUACCAGUUCUAUCAGUUCUACAGAAAGGCCUAUCAAACCAAUGAUAAGAUUAAAAGCAAUUGA